GAGCCGUUACAGGAAGGGGGGCCCUUUGAACGCGUUAGCUGGAGAUCAGAAGCUCCCUGUGCGGGCUUGGGAGGGAGCAGGCGGUGCGCCCCCGAACGGAGCAGAGCGCACAACUUCUCUCCAGUCCACCCGUCCGCCGCAGCUGCUGCUGCGCUUUCCUUCAGGAUUUGCGUGUUGGGACGAACCGAACUGGAAUUUUAAGCAUCAGCCAACAUGUUUUCAGUGGCUCUGCUACUGAUGCUGGCCGUCGGGAUCUGCGCAGACAGCAUGGAACGACCAACAGCGGGCUGCACCUUUGACGAGGACUCCGACUCUGGCUUAUGUGAAUACCGACAGGGUCAAGAGGAUGACUUUGACUGGCAGCUGAUCAGAACCUACAACUGGCCACAUCCGACAACAGACCUCUUGCCAGGGUCUUUCAUGAUGGUGAAUGCCUCACAGCAUUUGGGGGGACAGCGAGCUCAGCUGCACCUGCUUCCCCUCAGUGAGAACGACACCCACUGCAUCCAGUUCAGCUACUUCCUGUACAGCCGUGACGGCCACAGCCCCGGGGCCCUCCAGGUCUACGUUCGGGUUAAUGGGGGUUCCAAGGGGAGUGCUGUGUGGAAUAUCUCUGGCUCCCAAGGGCGCCAGUGGCACCAGGUGGAGCUUGCAGUCAGCACUUUCUGGCCCAGUGAAUACCAGGUCAUCUUCGAAGCCACUGUGUCCGAUGAACGGCAGGGUUACGUUGCCUUGGAUGACACCGUGCUGCUCAAUUACCCUUGCUACAAGGUGCCUCAUUUCUCCCGGCUGGGUGAUGUGGAGGUGAAUGCCGGGCAGAAUGCCUCGUUUCAGUGUGUAGCCACCGGCAAAGUUUCGGAAACGGAGCCCUUCCUGCUGGAGCGGAGGAAUGGCGUGGUGCUUGACACUUCUCUGUUGUCGCGGUUGAGCCACAAGCGACUGAUGGCAACUUUUCAGGUGGAGGCACAGCGUGGAGAGCAGGACCUCUAUCGCUGCAUCACCCUGUCCCCCAGAGGGGCUGCCGUCUCCAACUUUGGAGAGCUCAUCGUCAGAGUGCCCCCAACACCAAUAGCACCCCCGCAGCUUCUGCGGGCAGGCCCCACCUACCUGAUCAUCCAGCUCAACACAAACUCUAUCGUUGGGGAUGGACCAGUCAUUCGCCGAGAAAUCCAGUACCGGGCCAGCCAGUCCACAUGGACCGAGACUCAUAUUGUGGGUUCUCUUACUUACAAGGUUUGGCACCUGGAGCCAGACACAGAGUACCAGAUCAGUGUCAUGCUCACGCGGCCCGGGGAAGGGGGGACAGGGGCCCCUGGACCUCCACUGGUCAGCAGGACGAAGUGUGCAGAGCCCAUGCGUGCCUUGCGGGGCCUUACAGCCACGGAGAUCCAGCCACGGCAGCUGGCUCUUCAGUGGGAGCCACUGGGCUACAACCUCACCCGCUGCCACACCUACUCCCUGUCCCUCUGCUACCACUAUUCCAUGCCAACGGGAGGCAGCGGAGGCAACAACGCCACUGUCAGAGAGUGCCUGUCGGUGGAUCGUAAUACUUCACAUUUUACCCUGAGGGACCUGCCUCCGUUUCGGGCGGUCCAUGUGCGGCUGGCACUUGCUAACCCAGAGGGCAAGAAGGAGAGCAGAGAGGUCACCUUCCAGACGGAGGAGGACGUUCCUGGAGGCAUCGCUCCGGAGUCCUUGACCUUCACUCCACUUGAUGACAUGAUCUUCCUUAAGUGGGAGGAGCCUGUAGAGCCUAAUGGUCUUAUCACUCAGUAUGAGAUCAGCUACCAGAGUAUCGAGUCCUCUGACCCGGGUAUCAAUGUGCCGGGUCCUCGCCGCACCGUGUCCAAACUAAGGAACGAGACCUACCACAUGUUCUCCGGCCUGCAUCCUGGGACCACCUACCUGGUGUCGGUCCGAGCUCGCACUACAAAAGGGUUUGGCCAAACAGCGCUCACUGAGAUCACCACCAACAUCUCAGCCCCAGUGUUCGACUAUGAAGACAUUCCAUCUCCACUGAGUGAGUCAGAGAGCACCAUCACCAUUCUGCUUCGCCCUGCCCUGGGGAGAGGAGCUCCUGUCAGUGCCUACCAGGUGGUGGUGGUGGAGGAGGAUGGGUCCCGUCAGGUGAGGCGGAGGGAGCUGGGCACCGUGGACUGUUUUCCUACUCCCAACUCACACAACGAGGCCCAGGCUAAAGGGUCCCCACACUACUACACGGCUGAGCUGACGCCCAGCAGUCUGCCCGAGGCCACGCCUUUCACCGUGGGUGACAACCACACCUACAACGGCUACUGGAACAGCCCUUUAGACCCCACCAAGAACUACCUCAUCUACUUCCAAGCCACCAGCAACUUCAGAGGGGAGACCAGAAUAAAUUGCAUACGGAUUGCUCGCAAAGCUGCCUGUAAAGACUCUAAGACAGCGCUGGAAGUAUCCCAGCAUGCCGAGGACAUGGGUCUGAUCCUGGGAGCCUGCGCUGGAGGUCUGGUGGUCCUCAUCCUGCUGCUGGGUGCCAUCGUCAUCAUUGUGAAGAAAGGAAGAGACUUCUAUUCUUACCCUUACUACCCCAAGAAGAAGGUGGCCAUGAACAAGGCAGCUAUGUCCUACAGGCAGGAGAAGAGUCGGAAGCUGAGCUCGUUGGACUGCAGCAUGACGGAGCAGAGCACUCUCCAGCAGGAUGAGAGGAUGGCCCACUCUUUUAUGGACACCCACGGCUGCAACGCUCGAAACGAGCAGCGCAGCUCCGUCAAUGAGUCCAGCAGCUUACUGGGAGGCUCGCCCCAGCGUCACUGUCGCAGGAAGAGCUCGCCUUAUCACACGGGCCAGCUCCACCCCGCCGUAAGGGUGGCUGAUCUCCUCCAGCACAUCAACCAGAUGAAGACGUCCGAGGGGUACGGCUUCAAGCAGGAGUACGAGAGUUUUUUCGAUGGCUGGGAUGUCACAAAAAAGAAAGACAAAACCAAAGGGAGACAUGACAGCUUGCUCAGCCAUGAUCGACAUCGUGUCAAGCUCCACUCUCUGCUUGCAGACCCCAGCUCUGAUUAUGUCAAUGCAAACUACAUAGAUAUUCGGAUAAACAGGGAAGGGUACCAGCGAUCGAACCACUUCAUCGCCACUCAAGGGCCCAAUCAGGAGAUGAUCUAUGACUUUUGGCGGAUGGUAUGGCAGGAGAACUGCUUCAGUAUCGUCAUGCUUACCAAGCUGGUGGAGAUCGGCAGGAUGAAGUGCUGUAAGUACUGGCCUGACGACACCGAGUUAUACGGUGACAUUAAGAUAACACUACUGAAGACAGACACCCUGGCAGAGUACACCGUGCGCACUUUUGCCAUGGAGCGGAGAGGAUACCCCGCUAAACACGAGGUGUGCCAGUUCCACUUCACUUCCUGGCCAGAGCAUGGCGUGCCGUACCACGCCACUGGGCUGCUUGCUUUUCUGCGCCGAGUCAAGGCCUCCACGCCGCCUGAUGCCGGGCCUGUGGUGGUCCACUGCAGCAUGGGGGCAGGCAGGACUGGCUGCUACAUCGUGUUGGAUGUCAUGCUGGAUAUGGCCGAGUGUGAAGGAGUGGUGGACAUCUACAACUGUGUAAAGACCCUCUGCUCGCGACGUAUCAACAUGAUCCAGACUGAAGAGCAGUACGUGUUCAUCCACGACGCCAUCCUGGAGGCUUGUCUGUGCGGCGAAACGGCCAUCCCAGUUUCUGAGUUCGUCCUCACAUAUAAGGAAAUGUUGAAAGUCGACUCUCAGAGCAACACCUCACAGCUCAGAGAAGAGUUUCAGACUCUGAACUCUGUGACUCCUCAUCUGGACGUGGAGGAAUGCAGCAUCUCUCUGAUGCCCCGAAAUCGCGAGAAGAACCGCAGCAUGGACGUCCUGCCGCCGGACCGCUCCCUGGCUUUCCUCAUCACCACAGAAGGAGAAAGCAGCAACUACAUCAACGCGGCGCUUGCCGACAGCUUCCUCCGACCUGCAGCCUUCAUUGUGACACCGCACCCGCUGCCUGGCACCACCACAGACUUCUGGAGGCUUGUGUAUGACUAUGGCUGCACGUCUGUAGUUAUGCUCAACCAGCUCAACCAGUCCAACUCUGCCUGGCCCUGUCUGCAGUACUGGCCUGAGCCGGGGCUGCAGCAGUUUGGGCCCAUGACAGUGGAGCUUCUCUCCAGGACUGCUGAUGAUGAUGUUAUCAUCCGUCUCUUCAGGAUUCAGAACAUCACCCGGCUUCAGGAGGGCCAGCUUGUGGUGCGCCACUUCCAGUUCCUACGUUGGUCACCGUACCGUGAUGUUCCUGAGUCCAAGAAGGCAUUCCUCAGCCUUUUGGCUCAAGUUCACAACUGGCAGAGGGAGUGUGGAGAAGGCCGCACUGUUGUCCACUGCCUGAAUGGCGGUGGUCGAAGCGGUACAUUUUGUGCCUGCACCAUGAUCCUGGAAAUGAUUCGACACCACAGUAUGGUGGAUGCGUUUUUCGCUGCCAAAACUCUGCGUAACUCUAAGCCAAACAUGGUGGAGACAAUGGAGCAGUACCGGUUCUGCUACGAACUGGCCCAGGAGUACCUGGAUUGUUUGGAAGUCAGAUAGCACUCAUCCAUGCCGUUACAUCCCUCAUCAAGGAAAACUUCUGGACCCUGGAUCCUGUUCCCUGGAUCUGUGCUCCUGCCUCCUUAGCCCUUACAUACAGCUGUGGUUUUCACCUUUGCCAUGCCUGGAUGAAAUUGUAUCUGCCCUGACGGCCAAUGGAGGAAAGUCAGUGGAAAACAUACCACUGACAGCACUCUCCUUGCGUUUCCUCAGCUCUUUGAUCCAAGCUGUGUUCUGUGCUACUUUCCAACUGCCAAACCAGAGGACUCUUAACAGGAGUUGAGCUGAUUUAAAUAAGAACAUGUUUAAGGCAGUCUGGCUGCACGUACACUUCACCAACCAGGUUUAACCGUCUGGAGGCAGGCGUUGCAGAUUAGCAACGUUAAAACCUACCUACCUGGUUACUCCACAUAUGUAUUUCAUGAGCAUUUUUUUACUCAGAAGUACCCCUGAAGGACUUAGUUGUUCGUCCUUUUAUCAAAACUUACUUUGAGCCUGAGAGGGUUAAAGAGCUCCACUGUAACCUGCCUUACUAUGGAUCAACUCUCAAAGGGAACUACAGUUGAUGCCAUUCACUGGAUGAUAUUUUGUGUUUGUAACAUUGUAAAUGGUGCAAUCUGCUGUUGGUGAACACCCAUUGUUGUACUGUAUUCUAUUAGAACUUCUUCGGAGAUGAUGCCGACUACUGAAGAAUAACUAAGGAAGAAACAUCUGAUGGACUUUUCUGUACAGAAUGGUGUCUGAACUAAUUUCUCUUUAUUUAUGUAUAUAAAUGUUUUAUUUUUCUUUCUCUUGGGUGUUUCUAGAUGUUCCCUAACAUCUGUGUCAAUGUGCCAUUCUCUCUCUGUGUCUGUAACUGGGUUGCGGUUUGGCAUCUGCAUGCACCGUCUUAAGUGUUUCAUUGCAUAGUGUGACCUGAGUCUGCUUUUAAGUGGAUUCUGCAGUAUGAAUCCCUUUGCUGAGCCUGAGAGAGCUCCAUGGAUGGCCAUGCGUUGCUGCGAGAGUACGGCAAAGCCCUGUUGCUUUCUAUAUUUGUAUUUAUUCAAUGUGUUUCAUUUUCUAAGCCAUGUAUAAACGGAAAGAGGAAAGAAAUAAAAUAUGCUCUUAAUUAU